AUGAAGCUCUUAGCCAUCAUCACAACGCUGCUUACGUGCGCUGUUUCGACCGUUUCCGUUGCUGCCGAUGGCGCGGAGGCUGCUGAAUGGGGGUACAAGUACAACGAUUUCAGCAUGGCCAGUCCUGAUCAGUGGUCGGAGCAUUACCCCACGUGCGGCGGUUUGAAGCAAUCACCGGUUGACCUUGAGAUAUCUGCUGGCUGCUACGGCGAGCCACGCCCGCUCACCUUCACUGGUGCCUGCACGGAAUACAAUCUAACCCAAACGAGUGAAACGUUCAAGGCUACUGUCAACAACGGUUCCUGCGUGGUUUCGGCAAACAAUGCAGCAUACAACAUGCUGCAAUUUCAUCUACACGCUCCCUCUGAACACACGUUGAACGGUGAGCACCUGGACGGUGAAGUCCACUUCGUUCACAGCAACACGGACGGCUCUGCUCUACUGGUCGUCGGUGUCUUCUUAAAGGCGGUGGAUGGAGGCGAGACGGAUCCGUGGGUGGCAUCCGUUCUGGACGCCUUGGACACUGUGAGCAUGAACUCCACUGUCGGCAUGUCAACCACCUCGUAUGCCGACGUCAUCAACGCUGCGGCAGACGCCCAAGGAGUUUUCAACUACGCCGGUAGUCUCACCACCCCUGCGUGCAGCGAAAUUGUGGACUGGUGGGUGGUCAAGCAGCCAGUGAAGCUCUCUACAACCGACCUUAAACGCCUCCAGUCCCAGCUGAAGGAACUCCCGAUCACCGACGACGGCAAGAACGCGCGCCCGGUUCACCCGCUCAACGGCCGUGUCGUCACCGCGUACGCCUAG